UAGCUGACAAGUUAACCCAGGAGGCCUAGACCGUUAGGUCUGUCUAUACUUUCUACCUGCAUCUCAAACAAAAACUCCCGGGAAAGUACAUCUAACAGAUUCUUCGUUAAUCUUUUUAAGGACUCGGAGACAGAGAGGUGGGGAGGAAGAAGUCGAGAGAUUAACUCUUCAUUUAUGGGGUGUGAUUAUGAUUCUCCAUCAUCUUCACCACCAACACCACCAUCACCUCUUCCCAUAAGCAUUGGAGCUGGAAAUCACAAGUACAAUUUCUCCUGCUCCCCCUCUCCUUCACCGCCCUUUUCCCCUCCUCUUUCUAGCCACACAUCUUCUGAAAACCUCCAUCCCUUGCUUCAAAAGCUGGCUAGUCCUAAACGGGUGCCUUCAGCAUUUUCGUUGGAUCGGCCGGAUCCUGAUGCGCUGGAUUCUAAGAGUUCUUGCCUUGAAGACUUAAAUGAAUCUCUCUGUUUCCUCAUUCAUUUUGGGAUAACCAAAACUUGCACCGUACUUUAUAGAAACAAUAACAAAAAGAAAAGGAAAUUCAUGUCGAAUCGACCCUGCACACCCCCAUUAGAUUUGGUCGAGCUUGCCUGGACCUUUUUGAGUUUUGACUGGCAGGUUUUUUCCCCUUUCCUUUCGGUUUCAAUACAUGGACCAACCAGUCAAAAGCAGCAAAAUGUGAACCAAAGACAGCGGAAUCUGCCCAUUCUUGACUGUCAGGAAAAUUGCAACGGCUAGAAUGGUUUGUGGAGAGAUGCUGUGGCUUCUGUUCCAAGCUUGUUUAAGCCCAUCAUCACAUUCCUACAACCUCUUCUUCUCCACCGUUGUCGCGAAGAACCAGAUGCAAUUAUUUCUACUAACUGCAUUCAAAUCCCUGAAGCACCAUUUUACUGAGCAAGACAGGUGCAUAUAUACAGUUAUAACAAAAAUUCUCAUAGAAACCAGCCCCGAGCCACAGUUUUUUUCUUCUUUCUUUUCUUCUCUCUUCUCAACUUACAUAUUACAACGAACAAGAGACGGGCUAUAUGGUGUCAACCUUAACUCUCUCAUUUUCAGUCUUGUGCAAUGUCAGCACAUAGUUUGACGGUUGUGGCUUUCAUUCAAACAUGUAAUAUUAACACGACUCUCGAAUCCCUUGGAAGAGAGAGUUGACCAUCAUGGCAAGAUGGUUAAAUUUAGAGUGCCGGACAGAGUGCUGUAAAUAUAAAAGCGGACUGGUUUGGUUGUGCAAUAAAAUACAAUCACCAAUGAUGUGAAA